UAUGUUCUUUGUAAAUUAGCAUUUUUCCAUUUACGAUAACACAAACCCGUCGCUCUUUAUAUACACCGAGAUUCCAGGCCUUUAUUGGGUUAAUGAUGCACUUGACUAUUAGGCUUUAAUUGUAUCAUUAAUUUUGUGCGUCAGAGAGUUGGUUCUGCUGUGCUAUAAAAGAACUGGAAAAGCAUCCAGUAAAAAAAGGAUUGAGGUGUUCACGACACAUUGAGCAUUUUAUUCGGGAGAGCUUGGAGCUUCAGUAUGAAGUGGCAAAUGACAGUGUGCCUGAUGUCCCUGCUGCUUCUUCUAAGUGUUGAGGCAGCAGACCCACUGGAGGAACGAAUGAAACUCCAGGUAAAUAGGGAAGUUACAAAAAGCAGGAAGUAUCUGAUGUUAAAACUGCUGUCUGGGCUGUUGGAUCCUGAUGAUAAUCUCUUGGAAAAUGACUUCACGUCUUUGAGCCCAGGAGAGGAAGAGAGUUUGCUUGAAGAGAGGUCGGUUAACGCUGGCAUCCCUCGUAGACCGCAGAAGGCACCGUGUAAAUUGUUCUUCUGGAAAACAUUCUCGCACUGUUAA